ACUGAACUCUGGUUGUGGAGGAUAAGGAGUUUCAAACUCAAAAAGCAGAAUUGCGUUUCAUUUCGCGGUUCUCAAUCUCUCAUGGCAUCUCUUACGAGCUCGCAAUGCUUCAGUGGAACUUCAAUCUCAUCAGCCCAACGUCCUCCACUUCCAGAAUUGAAACCCAAAAACUUGCCCAUACCGAAACCAAGGCCACAAAUCCCAACCGUUUCUUCACCUGCUACUACCCAAGUUGCGAACGCAGAGACAACAGAUAUAGCGACGUAUCCGGAAAACAAACGGAUUGGAAGAAGCAGCAGCGGAAAGGAAAAAGAGAGGGAAGCUCGGGAGAGGAAAGAACUAGUGAACCGAAAGAUUGCUUCUCAGAAGGCUAUAUCGGUGAUACUGCGCAGAGAGGCCACAAAAGCUGUCAUUGAGAAGAAGGGAGGUCCUACCAAUUCGAAGAAGCUCUUACCCAGGACUGUUCUCGAAGCCCUUCACGAGAGGAUCACCGCUUUGCGCUGGGAAUCCGCUCUUAAGGUAUUUGAACUACUACGUGAGCAGCUCUGGUAUAGGCCCAACACUGGCAUAUACAUUAAGCUUAUUGUCAUGCUUGGGAAAUGCAAACAGCCUGAGAGGGCCCAGUCUUUAUUCCAAGAUAUGGUUGAUGAAGGCUGCAUAGUGAACCAUGAGUCCUACACUGCCCUUCUUUCUGCGUAUAGUAGGAGUGGCCUCUUCGACCAAGCAUUUUCCAUCCUCAACCAGAUGAAGAAAACACCAGGUUGCCAGCCUGACAUCUACACUUACUCCAUCCUUAUAAAAUCCUGCUUCCAUUUCUUUGCCUUCGACCAAGUACAGACUCUGCUCUCAGACAUGGCAGCCCAGGGAAUCAAGCCCAAUACCAUCACAUACAAUACCCUCAUUGAUGCCUAUGGGAAAGCUGGCAGAUUUGAGGAGAUGGAAUCAACAUUAAUGCAAAUGCUUGGUGAGAAGGACUGUGAGCCUGAUGUCUGGACCAUGAACUCCACACUCAGAGCCUUUGGGAGCAGUGGCCAGCUUGAAACAAUGGAGAGGUGUUACGAAAAGUUUCAGUGCUCUGGGAUCCGUCCCAGCAUCAAGACCUUCAACAUUCUCCUAGAUUCAUAUGGGAAGGCCGGUGAGUAUGACAAGAUGAGCUCUGUGAUGGAAUACAUGCAUAAGUACUACUUCUCAUGGACAAUUGUGACAUACAAUGUGGUAAUUGAUGCAUUCGGUAGGGCUGGUGACCUGAAGCAGAUGGAAUACUUGUUCAGACUGAUGAGGUCUGAGAGGAUCAAACCCAAUUGUGUUACACUAUGUUCCCUUGUCAGGGCUUAUGGGCGAGCAGGGGCUGUGGACAAGAUUGGAGGUGUCUUAAGGUUCAUUGAGAACUCAGAUGUGAUGUUGGAUACUGUGUUUUUCAACUGCCUGAUUGAUGCAUAUGGAAGGAUGGAAUGCCUGGCUGAGAUGAAAGAUGUUCUGGUAAUAAUGGAGAAGAGAGGAUAUAAGCCUGACAAAAUCACAUACAGCACCAUGAUCAAGGCUUAUUUAAGUAGUGGCAUCACCAGCCGUGCCAAGGAGCUUCAGGAUGUAAUGAACAAGAGGGUGGAAACUGGAUCACACUUGGAUGAGCAAAAAAAAAAAGACUUUGACCAGCACUCCCGUGCUUAAUUCUUUACUCUUUCUUGUUUUGUUUCUUUUUUCAAUUGUAAAUUCUAA